AUGGUAGGUUCUGAGACCAAACCAGCAGCCAAAGUAUCCAAGACCCCUGCCGCAGUUGCCAAGCCAAAGGAUCCAACCAAGAUCAAGAAGAAGGCAGUGUCCAAGUCCUCCAAGGCUGGACUUAUCUUCCCAGUUGGUCGUAUCCACACAUUGCUCAGAGGACGUGUCCCAACCAAGCGUAUCUCUGUCCUUGCCUCGAUCUACUUGGCUGCCAUUCUCGAGUACCUUGCCUCUGAGGUCCUUGAGUUGACCAUCUCAACUGUCAAGGAGAGCUCUGUCCGUCGUAUUUCCCCAAGACAUCUCGUUCUUGCCAUCAAGAAUGAUGAGGAGCUGGACCAUUUGAUUAAGAACAACACAACCAUUGCCGGAGGUGGUGUCUUGCCACACAUCCACAAGAACCUCUUGAAGACUGAGGAGAGAGCUGCCCCAGCCGCACCAAAGAAGGCUAGAACCAAGAAGGAGUAA